AAUGAUCGAGAAGAAACUUGAAGAAGAAGGAGUUGAUUUAUUACAAGAUCCUUAUACAAAUCAGAAUGGUAAAUGGGGUGUUCCCAUGACGCUGGUUGAUCGAUAUUCCCGCGAGUUGAAGACGACGAUGAGAGAAGUUGCCAAGGAAAUGGAUCAUAUAAGGGUGGAAAAAUUAGAUCAUGUUAAGAAAAAGGCGGUUCCAUGUGAUAUUUCCAGUCUUCGCUUCGCUCCAGAUGUUGUGGGAAAACUUAGUUCAGUGGUGGACUGGUUGACGUCACUUGGACUGCCAAUGUACAUAGAAAAUUUUCUGGAAGAAGGAUACGAUGAUAUGAGUAUUGUACCCUAUCUUUCACACGACCAUCUUCGUCAUGCAAAUAUCACAAAUACUGAUCAUAUCGCUAGACUUAUUCGAUCCCUUGAAAACAUGGCCCCAGACACUCACUCUUACAAUGGAGAUUGACGAGGCCCCAGACCUCUCCUCUUACAAUGGAGAUUAAAGAGGCCGCAGACUUCUCCUCUUACGACGGAGGUUGAUGAGGCCCAUACCCUAGUCGUGUCGUGUACAUUAACUAGGUCAAAUGACUCAAAUCUCGCUCACGACUUGUCGAUAAUUAUUAGAAAUGAUAAUGUAUUUAUAUAUUUUGAUUCGGCUUUACGAAAGCUCGACAUUGCUGCCCAAGGGAUGUUCAAAAUUAUAAUAGAUGUCGAUUUAACGACUGAUGUAGGAAACGAACCUCGUGUCCAGGAGAAAGGACAAUGGGUACGAGGUUGACACCAUUGAACUGUCUUUUGAAUCUGGAGUGCUCUCUUUGUUGUUGCAAUCCUUAAAGCCGAAAUUUAAGUUUUCUUGAGUUUUUAGAUAUAAUUUCCAUGAAAUAAUCUUAAAGAAUGAACAAAGAUCUAUAUAAAAUGCAGUUGCAAAAACUGCCAUGAUACGUUUUACCUCACGAGCUCGGUUAAAUAACGAAAAUAUUCUGAUAUGAAUGCGUCUUAGUGUGCAUCAGAUGAUUUAUAGCACUUUCUUAUAGUUAGUGUUCCAGUUUAUAUUAUAGUUCAAUGGUUGUCAGCCACCAAGCAUCUCCAAUAACAUGCUUUUCAAUAGUUUAGUGCGCUAAAACGUCAUCGUACGUUUUCAACUAUUUUUGUGUAGAAAAAACUAACUUCUUUCAAACCUGUUUGCUUUGGUUUGCAUGCCAAUAUUAUAAAUCUAUUCAUGAUUGUGGAAUUUGUGAAUCGUAUUUGGCGACAUUUUGUCGAAUGAAUUUAGUUAUACACAAGUCUUAAAUUCUUUUGAACUUAUAUAUACUUGUCACUUUUCUAUAAUAAUUUCGAUAUGAUAAAUCCUACAAUGAUGCAAUAACAUUUUUACAUAUAUUAUUUAUUGAGAAAUAAAUUAGAAUUUAUCUGUGUUGAAUAUUUUACAUAUGACAAUAAAUAAAUAUUGGUAUUUUAGUUUACGUAUGCAAA